GGUCUGCGUUCCCGCCUUUGGCCACUAGGCGGCGCUCUUUCCUUCGACAUUUUCUUUGUUUUUUCCAUCUCUCGCCCGCUCCCCGUUAGCUCUGUUAAACGGUGGCUGACUAUAUUUUUAAAACAUUUUUAUGAUGGCGGAGGACAGUGAAUCCGCAGCCAGUCAGCAGAGCCUGGAGCUGGACGACCAGGACACCUGCGGGAUAGACGGAGACAACGAGGAGGAGAAUGAGCAUAUGCAAGGCAGUCCAGGGGGAGAGCUGGGGGCCAAGAGGAAGAAGAAGAAGCAGAAGAGGAAGAAAGAGAAGCCAAGCUCGGGGGGAGCCAAGUCUGACUCUGCCUCGGACUCUCAGGAGAUCAAGAACCCUGGCCUGCCCAUCCAGAAGCUGCAGGACAUCCAAAGAGCUAUGGAGCUGCUGUCCUGCCAGGGUCCAGCAAAGAGUAUAGAUGAGGCAGCCAAGCACAAGUACCAGUUCUGGGAUACUCAGCCUGUCCCAAAAUUAAAUGAAGUUGUGACGAGUCACGGGCCAAUUGAGGCUGACAAAGAGAACAUCAGACAGGAGCCAUAUUCUUUACCUCAAGGCUUUAUGUGGGACACUUUGGAUCUCAGUAAUGCAGAUGUCCUGAAGGAAUUGUACACGUUGUUAAAUGAAAAUUAUGUGGAGGAUGAUGAUAACAUGUUCAGAUUUGAUUAUUCUCCAAACUUUCUUAAAUGGGCUUUACGUCCACCGGGCUGGUUACCACAGUGGCAUUGCGGAGUGAGAGUGUCCUCAAAUAAGAAGCUCGUUGGCUUCAUCAGUGCCAUCCCUGCAGAUAUACGAGUCUAUGACACGCUGAAGAGGAUGGUAGAAAUCAACUUCCUGUGUGUUCAUAAGAAGCUGCGUUCAAAGCGCGUUGCUCCUGUGCUCAUCAGAGAGAUAACAAGGAGAGUGAACUUAGAAGGAAUAUUUCAGGCCGUAUACACCGCCGGAGUUGUGCUGCCUAAACCUGUGUCUACGUGCAGGUACUGGCACCGCUCUUUGAACCCUAGAAAGCUUGUGGAAGUUAAAUUUUCCCAUCUGAGCAGAAACAUGACCCUGCAAAGAACCAUGAAACUCUACAGACUACCAGAUAGCACCAAGACUCCAGGUCUGCGGCCGAUGGAAAGGCGCGACGUCGGUCAGGUUACUGAACUGCUACAGAGAUACUUGAGACGUUUCCAGCUUGCUCCUUCUAUGGGAGAAGAGGAGGUGGCUCACUGGUUCUUACCACAGGACAACAUAAUUGACACAUAUGUAGUAGAGGGUGCUGGUGGCAUUCUCACAGAUUUCACUAGUUUCUACACUUUGCCCUCGACUGUGAUGCAUCACCCUCUCCAUAGGAGCCUGAAGGCUGCUUACUCUUUUUACAACGUUCAUACACAAACCCCGCUACUGGACUUAAUGAAUGAUGCACUGAUCCUGGCCAAACUGAAAGGUUUUGAUGUGUUCAACGCCUUGGACCUAAUGGAGAAUAAGAUGUUUCUGGAGAAGCUCAAGUUUGGGAUAGGAGAUGGAAAUCUGCAGUAUUACCUCUACAACUGGAAAUGUCCCCCUAUGGACCCUGAUAAGGUUGGCCUGGUCCUUCAGUAGCAGCUCUCUUCACGGCAGCUGCAUCAACUCUGGAGGCUCUCAGCGAUCUCCGGAUAUACCUUACCUGGACACGCAGGUGGCCCGAGCUAGACAAUGAGAACUGCGACAGUAAAUCCAACCUGGCGCCCGAGUGGAGCUUUCACUCGGCACUUGUAUCAUCAAAAACAUUCUCAGUUCACCCGGAGGUGAAAACUCUUAAACCAUCCAACAUCCUGAAUGUGAAGUCAUGCUAUGCCUGAGAUACUCAUACGACACAACGCUCCUGACAUAAGCGCUCACGUUUAAAACACACACACACACACACACCGGUCUGACACUCGAGGAUGCCUUGACAUUGUGUAUUCUGUUUUAAGUUCUUCUUCCUCAGUAGACACCAAUGGACCGGCACGUCAUUUAACUUUACUUACAUGGAACUAUGUAAAUGAUAAUCAACUAAGCAAGCAAGACCUGACAUAAUUAACAACUGUUGUAAUUUUAUUUAUCCUGUCCAAACAGUUACUGUUCCCGAACCCCUUUCUCCUCCUCCUCCUCCUUCCUGCUCCUGCUGCACUUAUUAUUGCUCCAGUUUCAUAUCAGUGUGGUCAGUCGAGUGUCUCUGCUGGCUGUUUUGGGCCUCAGUAGAAUUAGAAAUGCUGAUCUUAACUUUUAAAAUGACAAACUGCAAACACUGGGAGGGAGGAAAAAAGGAUUCAUCCCACUGGUGCAUUGAUAUACAUGUGUUUUGUUAAAGAGCAUAUGGUAGUUAACUGUACAUUUAAAGCCAGAUCAUAUUUAUUUGUGUAGUGUGAGUUUGAGGGGUUUGGGAGGGCUGAUCCAAAGUAUUCUCCUCAUGAGUAGCGUAGAAGUCACCGAGUUUGUUCAAAGUGUUUGGGGGUUUGUUUAUUUUUUUUAAUGAAUGUAUUGCAGAGACGAAGCACAAUUUCUCAGUUAUUAAACAUACAAAAUAAAUGGGUCCUCGUUUCAAAGCAGAUGGGAUUGCGCUAGAAUCUGUACAGCCGUGGUUUUUACGAAGGACGGGCGCCGUUUUCACCUUAUAAAGCCGUUUCUAGAGCUGGCGUUUUUUAAUACAUUAAAACAACAUGUUUGGUUGUACACUCUUUGUAGUAACAAACCCAAGCGUAGGGUUGUUUGCAUGUCAGUGGUGUGCUGUCCAGUUAGUAAAGCUGUUCAGUUAGAAGUAAUAGGAGCUGGUCUGGUCAGUGCAUAAGCAGGGCAGUGAGAAUGACGCCGGUGAACGUGGGGAAAAACUUCGAUUUUAUACAAAAAAAAUUAAAGUUUCUGUUUAGAGCCAGGGUUUAAAAAAAGAGGUUUAUUUACUUUGGAAGGACUCUGUUCAGCAGCGGUUAAAGCAAACAGGGCACAUCUUCUGUUAGUUUGGUCACUGCCACCCACAGCAGUGGAUAAACUGCUUCAGAGGAAACACGCUGUGCUUAUUAAACAAAGGACUCGUUUAAUGGUGGGUGCAGUGGCAUCAGCUUGAAGUGUCCUCUCCUCCAGAUCCACUUUCAUUGACUUCUCUGGGUUUAUUUUUUUUAAUGGUACUGUAUUUUGUGUAUGUUUGGUUUUUUUCUACAUGUGUUGUGCAGCUAAGUGCGUGAAACAGUUGUGAUAUUUAUAACUGUACCUUUUUCAUUUUUUUAAUGUCUUGCAUCAUUUCUUUCCUCCUUUUCAGUAUUUAAAACAAACAUGACUGUCAGAUUUGUGAUUUAAGAGCUGGAUGAGGAUCUUUGAUAAAACUGUUUUAUUUUUUUGUCUGUGGUGGAGCUGCUGGUUAAUUUAAAUGUUCUAGUUCCUUAAUGUUCACGGGGCUCUGCGUAACUUGCGAGGUAAAGAGGCUGCUUUUUAUUUUAAUGACUUUAUUGUUAAUAUUUGAUGUACUUUUCUAAUCAUCCCUUUAUAGAUUAGCCAGAAGAGGAUAAAUAUUUGUCCUGUUGGUGCUUCAGGGCUCAAAGAUGUUUUUUUUUUUAAAUCACUUAAAGGUUGAAUGACGUUAUCUUCUCCAAAUGUGUUCCUGGCAUUAAUUUAACUGAGAGUGGGUCGCUGGGUCAAAGCUGUGUGCCUCAUGGAUGUUGCUGUGUCACAGAUGUGUUGCUUGCAGCUGUCUGAAUGAACUCUGAGCAUGUCUGUUUCGCUGCUGCGUUGAUUUAUAGCAUCAAUGUUUCUAGCCACGCCCUUUAGCGAGAACUCGGUCAGAAGUACCUGCCUUAUUUAAAGGUUGUUUUUUGUUUUGUUUUUUAAGGUUUGGAGGUGGGGUGAGGGAGGGUGUACUUUUGAAAUGUCAUAAAGCUUUCUCUAACUGAAGAACAAUAUUUUUAUUCAAUUCCAUUGUAAGCUGUGAAAAAGCUGAAGAACUUGUACCAGCAUCAUUUAGACAUGACCCCAUGCAAAUAACAAUCUGUUUCAACACACGUCGGCUAUACCAGCAUGGAUAUUUGAUUGAAUAAACUCACUUUAAAAAGGAA